GCGAGCUGCCACUGCGGCGGCCGGGUUUGCACCUGCCGCGGUUCUUGGCUCUCCGUGGCAGCUUCUGAGCCUCAGUCGGCCUCCCUGGUUGCUCUGUGAGUGCGCUCUGGGGCCUGUGAAGGGCUUGCCGUUUAUAACCAAGGCCUCGUGUUAGAUUUCGGACACCUAUUUCAGCCAUGCUCUCUGCCCCAGCCCAGGUGGGGUAAGAGGCCUUUGGUUUUUGUUGAAGGAUGGACAGUACCUACCUGGCUCCGAGUUCAUGGAGAAAACCGGAUUCUCUUUCCCUGACCUACCAAGGUCCCAAACAUGGGCGACCUCCUAGUCAGGCUUACAUUCCAGCUCCUGCUCUCCCCAUCCUGCCACCCUGGGUCCACGGCCCACCCAGUGGGUUCCUUUUCUCAGGCUGGUGUGUCGGGCUGUCAGGGAUCCUGGGAGUGCUCACAAAGCAAACCAAGGCAGAAUGAAGAGCUCCGGGGAGGGCAUGCGGAUGAGCCUGGCACCAGACAGCAUCUCUUAUCACUGCAGGAAGAGGUGGAGACCAACGCCCCCCAACUGUUCUGCCUUUGGGAAGGACCGCUGCUCCCAGUUUUGCCAUUACCGAGUCUCCCUGGGCCCCUGCCUGGGCUCAAGCUGGGAAACACAGGCCAAGCACAAAGUUAGGAGGGUCACCUGAUACCUGGAAGAGGAAUCCAGGAAACAGGCAGCCCAUUAUGUCAUGGAUGGAAACAGGGCUGAAAGCAUUUCAUCAGCUUCUUCCAUGGCCAGUGGUCUUGAGACUGGCAGACCAGAGCCCACAGCCACCUUCAGAUUGAUGACCAGGUGACCUGUGAGUACUCAGAGAACUGCCACCCGUGAAGGUGGUGCAGCCUGUGGAUUCGUUGUUAAUCGAUCCUGACACUGUGGAAAGACACAGAGGUGUGUGGUCUGUGUCAACAGCAGAGUUCAUGCCCAGCUCCCUAGCUGCUGGGAACAGAGCAGCUAGGACGGAAACCCGUCCCCAGCACCAGGGCCCCGUGACACACCCAGCAGCAGAGAGCAUGUGACCAGACUGCCACCCUGGCCCCUGGAAAGCAGCAGCCCCUGAACGCUCCACUACCAGGGACUGGUGGCAGGACCGCACUUGUCCAUCUGCAGCAGUGUGGGGUGGAAGCCACCACUGUGUCCAGGAAGGGCCCAGGGUCAGGAGGGGAGGUGGCUACUGGACUCAUCCCAGGACUGGCUGCAGUGCUGAGACCUGGGCAAAGCUGGAGCUCUCUCCAUGGGGCCCAAGGGCAGGGCCAAGUGCUCUUGCUGUGGCCCAGAGCAGGGACCCUGGGCAGCCAGCCACGACCCCAGGUGGGAGCAUCACAGACUCCGCUGUCUCUGCGGCUGUGUCCUGGGCCAGGACCAUGUGGAUGGGCAGAUCCUGGGCCAGCUGCGCCCCCUGACAGAGGAGGAAGAGGCAGGGGAGGCUGGGGCCACCUUGCCCAUGGGGCCUGUCUUCCCUGGGAUGGUCUCUGAGGAGCUGCGGCUGGCCUCCUUUUACGACUGGCCGUCAACUGCUGGGGUCCAACCUGAGGCACUGGCUGCUGCUGGCUUCUUCCACACAGGUCAGCAGGACAAAGUGAGGUGCUUCUUCUGCUACGGGGGUCUGCAGAGCUGGGAGCGUGGGGACGACCCCUGGACUGAGCACGCCAAGUGGUUCCCCAGGUGCCAAUUCCUGCUCCAGUCAAAAGGAAGGGGCUUUGUCCGCAGCGUCCAGGAGGCCUACUCCCCACUGUUUGGCUCCUGGGACCAGUGGGAAGAACCAGAAGAUGCAGCUCCCACUGCCCCCUCAGAUGCCAGGGGUGGACAAGAGUGGUCAGAGAGGAGCCAGUACCCAGAUGUUUCUGCCAGCAUGUCCUCAUCACAGCUAGUGGCUGACCUGCUCCAGGAAGAAUAUGGGGACCAGGCGGCCAGGGCCAGAGCUCCUGUCCAUGGGGCCCCUGAGCUGCUCACAUACAGAGGAGAGGUCCAGCCUGAAGCUCCCAGGAGCCGAGGACCUGCAGGAGCAGUUGCGGCGACUGCAGGAGGAGAGGAGGUGCAAGGUGUGCUUGGACAGGGCCACGUCCAUCGUCUUCGUGCCCUGCGGUCACCUGGUCUGUGCGGAGUGCGCCCCCAGCCUGCAGCUGUGCCCCAUCUGCAGGGCAGCCAUCCGCAGCCGCGUGCGCACCUUCCUGUCCUAAGCAGACACUGUGGUCAGCCAGAUGGCCACCCAGCAAGCACCCUCCCAGCCUCGCCUGUCUUGGACCAUGCAGCAGGUCAGCUGAGGACACUGCGCUGUGCUGCCACUGACCCGCCAGGAUGGAGGAGCCCUGCUUGGCCUGGGGCAGCUCUGCUGUCACUCUGGGCACUUCUGAGGAUAAAUAAAGCAGGGAUUUCCGCUGGAUGGUGCUCAGCCCAGCCUUGCUGGGGACCCUGGCCACUGCCCCCUGCAACCCCGCUCCCCCCAGGCCUCUGCCUUUUCUUGCCCGCAGGGCGGCACCUGCCCAGGGUUCGACCUACCUAAGCCACUUUCCAGCUCUUCCC